AUGACCAUCCACCCUCACCUCAGAUUGACCCGCUCCUAUGACCAUCCCCCCCACCUCAGACUGACCCGCUCCUAUGACCAUCCACCCCACCUCAGACUGACCCGCUCCUAUGACCAUCCACCUCACCUCAGAUUGACCCGCUCCUAUGACCAUCCACCCCACCUCAGACUGACCCGCUCCUACGACCAUCCCCCCCACCUCAGACUGACCCGCUCCUACGUAGCUGGCUACCCUGCUGCCAACCAGUCCCUCCCCAGACCAGAGCCACCCCAGACCAGUCCCACCCCAGACCAGUCCCUCCCCAGACCAGAGCCACCCCAGACCAGUCCCACCCCAGACCAGUCCCAGACCAGUCCCACCCCAGACCAGUCCCAGACCAGUCCCACCCCAGACCAGUUCCACCCCAGACCAGUCCCACCCCAGACCAGUCCCAGACCAGUUCCACCCCAGACCAGUCCCACCCCAGACCAGUCCCACCCCAGACCAGUCCCAGACCAGUCCCUCCCCGACCAGUUCCACCCCCAGUCCCAGACCAGUCCCACCCCAGACCAGUCCCACCCCAGACCCGUUCCACCCCAGACCAGUCCCACCCCAGACCAGUCCCAGACCAGUUCCACCCCAGACCAGUCCCUCCCCAGACCAGUCCCACCCCCGACCAGUUCCACCCCAGACCAGUCCCACCCCAGACCAGUCCCACCCCAGACCAGUCCCAGACCAGUCCCUCCCCGACCAGUUCCACCCCAGACCAGUCCCUCCCCAGACCAGUCCCACCCCAGACCAGUCCCAGACCAGUCCCACCCCAGACCAGUCCCAGACCAGUCCCACCCCAGACCAGUCCCUCCCAGACCAGUCCCACCCCAGACCAGUCCCACCCCAGACCAGUUCCACCCCAGACCAGUCCCACCCCAGACCAGUCCCAGACCAGUUCCACCCCAGACCAGUCCCACCCCAGACCAGUCCCACCCCAGACCAGUCCCAGACCAGUCCCUCCCCGACCAGUUCCACCCCAGACCAGUCCCAGACCAGUCCCACCCCAGACCAGUCCCACCCCAGACCAGUUCCACCCCAGACCAGUCCCACCCCAGACCAGUCCCAGACCAGUUCCACCCCCAGACCAGUCCCUCCCCAGACCAGUCCCACCCCCGACCAGUUCCACCCCAGACCAGUCCCACCCCAGACCAGUCCCACCCCAGACCAGUCCCAGACCAGUCCCUCCCCGACCAGUUCCACCCCAGACCAGUCCCUCCCCAGACCAGUCCCUCCCCGACCAGUUCCACCCCAGACCAGUCCCUCCCCAGACCAGUCCCACCCCAGACCAGUCCCAGACCAGUCCCUCCCCGACCAGUUCCACCCCAGACCAGUUCCACCCCAGACCAGUCCCUCCCCAGACCAGUCCCACCCCAGACCAGCCCCAGACCAGUCCCUCCCCAGACCAGUCCCUCCCAGACCAGUCCCACCCCAGACCAGCCCCAGACCAGUCCCUCCCCAGACCAGUCCCUCCCCGACCAGUUCCACCCCCAGACCAGUCCCUCCCCAGACCAGUCCCUCCCCAGACCAGUCCCUCCCCAGACCAGUCCCACCCCAGACCAGUUCCACCCCAGACCAGUCCCUCCCCGACCAGUUCCACCCCAGACCAGUCCCUCCCCGACCAGUCCCACCCCAGACCAGUCCUUCCCCAGACCCUCCCCAGACCAGUCCCUCCCAGACCAGUCCCUCCCCAGACCAGUCCCACCCCAGACCAGUCCCUCCCCGACCAGUCCCACCCCAGACCAGUCCCUCCCCGACCAGUCCCACCCCAGACCAGUCCCUCCCCAGACCAGUCCCACCCCAGACCGUGUGUGUCUUCCCUGUCCUCCCCGACCAGUCCCACCCCAGACCAGAGCCACCCCAGACCAGUCCCUCCCAGACCAGUCCCACCCCAGACCAGUCCCACCCCAGACCAGUCCCUCCCAGACCAGUCCCACCCCAGACCAGUCCCACCCCAGACCAGUCCCUCCCCAGACCAGUCCCACCCCAGACCAGUCCCUCCCCAGACCAGUCCCUCCCCAGACCAGUCCCACCCCAGACCGUGUGUGUCUUCCCUGUCCUCCCCGACCAGAGCCACCCCAGACCAGUCCCAGACCAGUCCCACCCCAGACCAGUCCCACCCCAGACCAGUCCCACCCCAGACCGUGUGUGUGUGUGUGA